AUUCCGUUUUUUGUGUUCUUGCGAAGAAGUCGCCGGUCGCUUUAACUGAGCAUUGCAAACAAAGUGAAUAGAAAUACAUAAAGUAAAUAGAAAGAUCAUGGAGUACAGCAAAUUGCCCCCGCAACCCCCACCGUAUUCUCAAGAGCAGUACGGUGCAGGACCAAGUGCUCCACCAACUGAACAGAUUCAUGCGCCGCUAGCGGCGCAGCCACCACGUCCCGAUGUGCACGUGGUACACACAAAUAACGUAGUCGUUGACAGCUCUGGCCUGACGACCUGUCCCCGUUGCAACAAACGGAUCUUGAUACGUAUGAAGCAUCAUGCUACAUGCGCAACAUACUGCUGGGCAGCAGUGCUCUGUGCCCUAUUCUGCUGGCCAUGCGUCUGCUUGCCCUGCUGCUGCGAGUGGGGCUACCAGACGAGCCCCGUCUGCCCCAAAUGCAAUGCUCGCUUCUAAAGCGAUGACGUCGGCGAGAAGAAACUCGGAGGCUCUCCGAUAGCUACAAGCAGAGCUCAGUAUCAUACAUAUAAGAAACGUCUUAUAUACAUAUUCCUUAUACGAUUCCGAAAAAGCUCACAUCAUCACAAAUCCAUACAUAUAUUUAUGUAUGUGUGUAUGUAUGUAUAAUAUAUACAUUCGACAAGAAUCAGAUUCCGACACUUGAAGCUUCGCUUCGUUCCAUUAGCAUAAACAAUAGCCAUAUCUGAAUUUAAUGUAAACAAACAAAUUACUGAAAUAUUUUACGUAUAAGCAACUGUUUACUUGAUAUACAUACAUAUGUAUAUUACUUUUGCUCAAUAAACCGACUAUUGAAAGUUGAAGUUAU